AUGCUUAUGCGUGAAAAUGUUGAACGGGAGCAGGAAGGGCAUAGGCAUAUAUGCACACGAUCGUUAAUGUCUCAACAGUUUCGCGCAAAACUUGGAGCAUGUUCAAAAUCUUUGGCUUCCGCGUUCAUUUUUCACUCUCAGUACAGUCCAAUCUGCUUGGAAACACCUGUCCGCCGUUCCCAACUGCCUCAGCUACGAGAUGCGGCCGCCGAUCUUCGACAGCUACUUGGAGGUGCUGUUGUUAUCGUUCCUCAUCACAAAGGUCUUGCUCAGACUCUUCAGCAGAUUCAGAGUCUUAGUGUGGUGACAUCGUACGAUGAGCUUGCUGUCGGUUUGGAUGGCCGCCUGCUAAUCCCCUGUAACGUCGAUGUGGCCUCGUUCUGCACGUUUUUGAAGGACUCUGCAGAAGUUUCUCGUUCCGUCAAUAGGACCAUGCUCCAAAAAAUGGUUGGUCACUAA